AUGGUCUUCUCCAAUGACGAUGACCUCAUUGCUCAAUGGUGGGAGGAAGAGGAAGAGGAGGAGGAGGAAGAAGAGGAGUCAGACGAUGAUGACCUCAUUGUAAUUCUUAUGCUUGCUGAUAUGGACUAUGAGAGACACAAGAAGAAGCAUCAUGGUUCAGUCCCAGGACGUGAGAUAGUUCCGAGGGACAUGUCUAGUGGCAAUCUGCGCAUUGUGGCUGAUUAUUUUGCAGAUCCUCCAAUAUACAAUGCAACAUUCUUCAGGAGGAGGUUCAGAAUGUCGAGAGACCUCUUCUUGCGUAUCGUGGAUGGUGUGGAGGCACAUGAUGACUACUUUAGGCAGAAACCAAAUGCAACAGGUCUUCUCGGUGCCACUGCAUUACAGAAGGUGUUUGGGUCGUUUCGCAUGCUGGCAUAUGAUGUUCCAGCUGAUUCAAUGGAUGAAGUUGUGAGGCUUGCUGAGACCACCAUGAGAUCACCAUUAUUUCAAAGGCUAACUUUAGGGACUGCACCACCUGUUGAGUACAUGCUAAAUGGUAACAAGUAUACCAUAGGAUACUAUCUUGCAGAUGGGAUCUACCCUUCUUGGGCAACUUUUGUGAAGAGCUAUAGGAGUCCGCAAGGCAAUAAGAAAGUCCAUUUCACAAAAGCACAAGAAGCGGUGAGGAAGGAUGUGGAGAGAGCAUUUGGUGUUCUACAAGCGCGCUUUGCCAUGGUGAGGGGGCCUGCUAGAUUUUGGGAUAAGGAUACUCUCUGGUAUAUAAUGAUCGCUGCUGUUAUCAUGCAUAACAUGAUCAUUGAAAAUGAGAGAGAUGAAAAAGAGGAUUACAACUAUGAUCAAGAUGGUGGUGAGGUACUGAGGCUGGAGGAGUACCAACGACGCGAUCCCCUCAUUCUUGAGGAGUUCCUCAAGAUACAUCAGGAGAUUGAGGAUAGACAUGUGCAUGAGAGACUUCGUGAUGAUCUUGUGGAGCAUUUGUGGGCACUUCAUGGUUCUAGCUAG